AGAUACGUUUCCGAGCUAGCCUCGUGGGAAAGAAAUGUUCAACUUCGCGGGAUUUUGGUGCCAAAAAGCCAGUCCAACUCGCCCGAUUCAAAUGUGCUUCAAAGAUUCGAGGAGUUCUGCAUGAGCUUUGAAAAUCUACUCGAACGUUUCAGAAAGGGAAUUUACCAACCUUUGAAUGAUUUCUUCCGAAACGAAAAAGUACAGUCACACCUUAAAAGCGUUCCAAAAGAUCUGGAGAAAGUCUUAAAUCAUUGGAAUACUCUUCUCACUUCUGGCGUGAUAGACGAGAGGUUGUUUAGUCGAUUGAGCUCCGAAGGUCUUUAUCCAGUCGGCAUAAGAAAUAGAAUACACGACUUCGACCUUGUUCUACGUCUGAUUCCGGACUUGAUUGGGAAGGCCUACGAAGCCUUACGACUUGCUCGUCGCUGGAGAUUGAUCGGAAAAACUUCGGCGUGUUCGGUUGUUCAACGCGAUGAAACGUAUCUUGUUAUUUCUAGAGAGCAAACAGGAAGUUCGCGCAAAAAGCGACGCAGCUCGAAAUGUAGGAGGAGAGUUAAUAUCUUAGCCGAAGAACUAGCAGAAUCUAAGGCUCAGUGUUCGUCUUUAGAAGAAGAACUUCACAAGUCGAACGCAAAAUGCGAAGUCAUAGAAAAAGAGGUGACUUUGUACAGACAACAAUGUAAUCAGCUGGAAAAUGAACUGGAAUCUGUUAAGAAACGGUGCGAAUCUCUGAAAGAAAUGUUAGAAAACGCAAAGAAAGAAAGCAGAAAUGUUUCCAGUGAGUUUGAAGGCUCCCAAGAGUACUGUCGCGUUUUACAACAAGAGUUAAACGGCGCUAGGCUCAAGUACUGCACACAGAAAGUGAAAUUUAUAAACACAAAGAAACGCUUUCACCAUGUAACAAACCAGCUCAACAACACCCGUGAGCAGUUUCAACAACUUGAAGGCGAACUCGAAGCAAGAAAGAAACACUGCCAAGCUCUAGAGGUAAAACUUGAGAAUUCCAAGAAGAAUAUCUUUACACAGGGAAAUAUGCUCGAUGUGUUACAGAACCAAUGUUACAAAUUAAAAAAGGAACUGGAUGGUGCAAAGUCUGAACACUUGCAGAUGACGUGUGAUUUAGAGAAGUCUCAAGAGAGAUAUUCCACGCUUGAGAAGGAAGUGGUCUCGGUAAAAGAACAGUUUCAAAACAUACAAAUAGAGCUAAGAAGAUCAAAGGCGCGGGAGGAACUGUUGGUACGGCAAAACUCGAUGCUGCGGAAAUUGUUUCAAGGUAAGUUGAGCCUAAAACUGCUUUUUCUUGGCUUACUGAGGUCGUGCCUGGGCUCGGUAAAAGGUAGUAAGGUUAUUCCGCCUUUCAAGUCCCACUCUCAAGCCGAUUUCUUGUAGUUGAAGCGCAAAUGACAGAGAGCUUUAGAUUCUAGGCAGCGUCAUUUUGGCGAGAAAACGUGGUAGCCGUCGUCAUUCUACUACGAGUUUUAACGAGAGUGUCGUAGUAGCGGGAACAAGUUAUCAAAUGUUAGAAGUUUUAGCAUUUUGCAAUCGGUAGAGGGCUCAAGCUCCUUCAAUAACGAUAACAGUUCUAACUUUUCUGGUGAAAACAAGUGCAAUGAAGAAUUCCGGGGUGUCUAUUUUUUGACAAUACGCGAAAAAAAUUUAAAUCAAAUCUCGUACUCGUAGUGGUUCUCGUCCUCGAAUCUAAAGCAGGGGCGAAUCCAGGAUUUUUUUUAGGAGGGGUGCACUCUUCUCUUGCUCUACUUCAACACCAAUAAACCACAUAGUUUUUUUUUUUUUUGCAGAAUACCAGUUGUAUUAGAAAACCGCAGGUCAUCUCCUGCACCCUCCCCCUAGAUCCGCCCCGUAAAGGUCUCUAAUGUAUAAAUUGUUCUUUAUUUCUACUGUCCAUCUAGCCUGCUCCAAAAACGGGAACUAAGUCCGUCUGCGAAACAGCGCCGAAAUCCUUGUUCUGGGCCUCCACCAGUGUACCAUGAUUCGAAUACGCGCCAUGAUUGGCCUGUUAAAAAACCCAUUGUCGAUUUGCUAAUCAGGUUGAAGGGAAAUUCGAAACGCAUUUCCAGUAAUUCGUCGGAACAAGGUUAUCGGCGCUGCUUCAAAUAUGUUACUAACAGAGGUUAGAUGACCUCUACGGCGCAGGCUACUGCCCAUCUGGCCUGGGUUGUUCAAAAGAUGGAUAGCGCUAUCCACCGAAUGAAUCACUAUACAGUGGAUAAGUAUUAGGAGAACCAAUUGCCCUAUCCACUAGAUAGGGAUUUAUCCGCUGGAUACGCUAUCCAACUUUUGAACAACUGUGGCCAGGUCUAUAAGUUAAGCACAGAACAUGAAGUCGAAUCUGCGGUUCGAGAUCGCGUUUCCUUUCCUCCCCCACCCCACUCCCCAUCUUCUUGUUACUUUUUGCUCCCGCCCAAACGGGGUCGGCUUGGUUACUCGACGCUGGAUCGUGGAAAAUACACCAAAAGAACCAAUAGGAGAUUUUUAGCCCGAAAUAUGUUCAUAUAACAUGAAUUUCUUGUCUUUUUAGAAAAAGGAGUAGAGGAACCAGGUUUACUGAAGGUGAAUCUUCACACCCCUGACACAGGUACGGUGCCUCUUAGUUUUUCUGUUUUUCGACAGCCUACUACUGUC